CGGAAAUAAUCAUUCAGUCGACAGUCGUUCUACUGCAAACAACACAAGUCUUUUUGUUUAUCUAAUAAAGGGAAAUCAAUAAAAAUGAAAAUCAUCAUCGUCGCAUUCGCUCUUAUUGUCGCUGUCUCGUGUGAUGUAUCACAUGUUGUACAAGGUGAUGGAUGGUUCAAGGACGAAACUGGAUAUCAUUAUACAGUCCCAGAGACACGAUUUACAGAGGAAGUUGCUGAUGAGCCAGCACCUAUUGUUGCUGAAUAUGUCCCAGAACCAGCUGUAUAUGACGAUGCACCAGUUUAUACACCAGAAGCCACAGCACCUGGAUGCCCCAAUGGAGGUUCAGGUCCAUACUGUUGCAUCAAUGGAGCCGAAACAGAAGAUUGCGGCUACUCAGACCAAGAACAAGUCUAUGAAAUCAUUGAAUAUAUUGACGUCCCAAUCGAUAUUGAACACUUAAGAGAUUAUCUCCCACCAUCAGGUGACGCCAAAAAGAAGAGACAAACACCAGUUCGUAGACAAGUCCGUAAAGUAUACCGCCGUUUCGUCCGCAAACACUAAAUGAAUAUGAAGCAAACGCAAACAUCUCUAAAAUGAAGAAGAAUUCUUUAUCAGACACAUCGAAAAUUAAAUAACAUCCAAAUCUAUGGCAGCAUUGAACAUCAAUCAGGAUUGGCAUUCGACAAUUUUUUUAUAUACGUAUAUACUUUUCUUGUACAAUAUUUUAUAUACAUAUCACUUUUAUAUAGUUUAAUAAAUCGCUAAGUUUCGUUCUAAGAUAACACAAAAAAAAGUCGGGAAUAUUUUCAUGUGACUUCUGCAUUUUGCAAGAUAUCUUGUUUGUGUGACUUGAAAUAAGAAGAACACUUAAUACCAGUCAAAUUAACCCGCUUAUAAUUAAAACCCGAACAGUUUCUGAUAUAAAUCUCCCAACUCAUUUGUCAUCCUCAUGUUUUUAAUCUUUGCGGAUUUUGCUGAUUUUGUUUUAAAAACAAAGCGACGUAAGACCUAAAAACACACAUUCAGUUCUAAAGAACAAUAAUAUUUAAGACUAUAAUUCUAGUUUUAUUACUUGCGAAU